CAGAUGUUUCAGUGAAGGUUCCAGCAUUGCACCCUUUAUUGAAGACCAGAGCUUUCACUUCAUGUAGAAUCUGCCUCUCCAGAAAUGGUGGAAGCUAACAAACUGGUUGCAAGUAUUUCUAACUUCUUGUUUGAGUAUGAUACACCUCGGAUGGUAACAGUAAAAAACAGAAGAAUUGGAUUAAUUUUUCGAUUGAUCCAACUAGGAGUACUUGCCUACAUCAUCGGGUGGGUUUUCAUCUAUGAGAAAGGUUAUCAGUCCACGGAUACCACUAUAAGCUCUGUCUCGGUUAAAGUGAAAGGCAUUGGCUUCACCAACCUCUCCAACAUCGGGCCCAAGAUCUUGGAUGCAGUUGAUUAUGCCUUCCCAUCAUGGGGAUCAGACUCCUUUGUAAUUAUGACCAAUUACAUUGUUACUCCGAAUCAGACCUUGACACACUGUGCACAGCACCAAAGUUCUGGAAAGUGUGAAUCUGACAGUGACUGCGCAGCAGGAGUGUUUAGCCGAUACGGACAAGGCAUUAUGAAUGGGAAAUGUCGGAACAACGCUGAAGGAAACAAGACAUGUGAAAUCUUUGGAUGGUGCCCAGCUGAAAAUGAUCACAUCAUUUCAAAUCCACCAUUGCUGAUGGCUGCAGAAAACUUCACCAUUUUUAUCAAGAACUCGAUCACUUUUACAGCCUUUGGUGUUUCAAGGCGGAAUAUAGUGGAAUCCGUAACCAAAGCAACUCUGAAAAAUUGCACCUACCAUAAGGUCCAUGACCCUCUGUGCCCUGUGUUUCGUUUGGGUUACAUUGUUGAAGAAAUUAAAGAGAAUUUCUCUGUCCUGGCAUACAAAGGGGGCAUGAUUGGUAUUGUGAUCCACUGGGAUUGUGACCUGGAUUGGCCUGAGAAAUACUGUACACCCACCUAUAGCUUCCAUCAACUUUACGGGGGUUUAGACAAAGAGAAAGUAUCAGCAGGUUUUAACUUCAGGUAUGCUAAAUACUAUAAGGAAAAUGGCACAGAUGUGAGAGAUCUUUACAAGGUCUUUGGAAUUCGAUUAGAUAUUAUGGUCAAUGGUAAGGCUGGUAAAUUUGACAUUAUUCCAACCAUGACAACUAUUGGCUCUGGCAUUGGUGUGUUUGGGGUGGCUACUAUUGUGUGUGACUUGGUAAUGCUUCAUAUGCUUCCCAAACGAAACUACUACAAACAGAAGAAGUUCAAGAAUGUUGAAGGAGAAUCAUCUACAUCAAUGCCAGCAGAAACCAAAGAUUAACAAGGGACAUGAUAAUCCUUUCCACCCUGACAAGGCAUCAAAGCAGUGAGCAUAGGCAUGGGAAUUGGACCUCCUCAACAUCAGACAACAAUCUUCCAUUUGAAGUCAAGCUGACAACAAUACUCACACAACUGAGGGACAUCCUCGAAAGCAAGGCUACUGAACUACUGAAGGAUGAAGGAAAGUGCAGGAGAGUAUGGUUUCUUCAAUACUCAAUGUCAGCAUCUCCAACAUAGCUACAAUCUCCAGUACAAAAUGAGGGAGCACUUUGAAUGCCUGUACAACUCAUUGUACAAUUUCCUUCCUUAGAAUGACCACUGCUCUUUAUCACCAUGUUAAAAGUCUCCAAUUUCUUAUCUUAGUGUUCACAGCCAUGAGAAAUUAUGUGGCUUGUUUUUAAAUUUUAAAAAAACUUUGUCAAAGUCUGUUUAUUUCUUUAUGCACAUAGGAAAUGAGUGAGCUUUCAAUGGGCCCUCACAGCUUAUCACACCUCUCACAAACAUCACAGCAUGGAGUGAAUCCUAACAUUUAAAACAUGCAGCUUAUGUUCCAGUAAGAUGAUAAAAUUUUAAAAAUCUGAAACCUGACCCUCACUUGGGAAAACAGAUAGGCAGCCAAGUUCCAGCUCCCAGGAGGUGAGUUGGCAAUUAAAAUGUUUUAAUGAGGCUGUCAGCUUCUUACUUAAGCUGCUUUACUGUUUUACAGUGGGUAACUGGGUUUCUGAGCACUUGUGAAACCCAGCAGGUGAAUGGAAGCGAGGACAGCUUGGAGCGAUGUUAAGUGCCUUUACAGCACUACUUGCGGGCCAGGAGGAACAAGAGUGCUUCCCUCCAGCCCCCACAAGCUCCCUUCCAAUUGGACCUCCACUGUACAAAGACUUGUGGGGUCAGAACUUAUAUAUAUACAAAUAUGCAAACAUAACAAAUAGGAGCAGAAUUAGGCCAUUCAGCCCCCGAGCUUGCUUCGCCAUUCAAUAAGGUCUUGGCUGAUCUGUUCGUGUUUCAAAUUCCAUAUUCCUUCCUACCUACCCCUGAUAAUCUUUGAUUUCCUCCCCUAACAAGAAUCUAUCUACCCCUGCCUUAAAAGUAUUCAAUGACCAUCAUCCAUCAUUAAGGAAGAAAUGUCAGGACAUUUAGAAAAGUUUAACGCAAUCAAACAGAGUCAACAUGGUUUUGUGAAAGGGA